ACCAGCAGACCGUCAAGGGGGCUACUUGUGCACGAGAGCCAUCCAGCGCACCAUUCAAACAACAACAUCUGACUUGCGAGGAAUCACACACCGAUUGCACCGCGUGUGUGCGUGAUUGCAGUGAUUGCAUUGCAGCGAAGCCGGUAAGCGAAAGUGUAGCGAACGGAAAUAGGAAGGAAAUCACGUGAAUGGGUUACAUUCGUUUUUGUGUUCCUCUGAGAAGUUUUAUGUGUGUGCGUGCGUGCGCGUGUGUUCGUUUAGUGACAAAACGCGUCGUGUGCGGGCGUGAUUUUUUUUGUUUUAAUCGUCGUUACCUAAUUGUGUGUGUGUCUCUACCCUGUCACAAGAUGCGUCGCAAAGUGCUGUUCCGUGUGGUGUGCGUGUGAGUGAAAUGUCCUUUUUUCUUAGCUGAGCGGCGGCAUAUAACGCUCCCCAUGUAACACAGACGGGGGGAAAAUAAGCCUUUCCUUCCGCAACAUAACCCCAAAAAGCAAAAAGUGUGUGCGGGGAUCUUAUCGUUUCCGGCAAGUGUUUUUGUGUGUGUGUUUGUGUGUGUGAUCGUAGCCUUCUUCGUCAAAAUGUCGAAAACAAUCGAAACCCAUCUGCAGAGCAACGAGGUGCGAAUACCGAAGAAAUCGAACGAAUUUGAUGUGACCGCAACAGCAACAGCUGGCCGCAAUGGGGGUGCGGGUGCUGGUGGUGCCCCGUGCCAGUACUUCAAGAGUUCGUUCGCCCGCUCGCUAUCGUUCAGCCAAGGGCCGGGUGGGCCAACCGGUGGCGGCGGCGGUGUGCGGGGAGGUGGACCGUACGGGGGUGCCGAACAGCACUUUACCCGGUCGCUGGAUUUUGACGUUAAUUUUGAUCCGAUCGGUGGUGGCAGCAACAUGGAUGGCGAUGGUGGUGCUGGUGGUCCACAUCAAAUGAUGAUGAUGAUGAUGGGCACGCCAUCGUCCGCUUCGCCCGUGUACGAGGAGGAGGGCGAGGGCGCGGUGUCACGCGCCGAAAGUGAUCCCGAUCCGGACGCGGCCUCACUGCUCGGCGGGCUGAACGGGAUCGAGACCAGCAACGGUGGCAUUGUGAAGACGCUCUGGAAUUACGCCAAGGGACAGGAAAUAAAAUCAGCAAACAGCAGCCCCGCCAAGCGGUCCCUCACGCUCAAAUCGAACGGUGGCACACUCGGCGGGCGCAAAUCCAUCGAAGCAAACGAAAUAGAAGUUUUGCGUCUUCGUAAGGAAUGCCAGAACUUGAUUGAGGAAAAUCGGCGGCUUGUUAGCAUAGCGAGCGGUGCCGGAAAUGGUUACGCGAUCAGCGGCAUGCUCAACGGUGCGGUGGGUGGAUCCGGAAGCUUGUCGACGCUCGGCAUGGGCGUCCCUAACGGUGGAAGCUACAGUAGUGUUGAAUCUGUGAUCCUGCAAACGCAAGUCGAAACGCUACAAUGGCAGCUCAAGCAGGUUGACUCCAGCCGACACAUGUACCGGGCGGUGAUGGAAGAAGUUGUGCGGUUUCUGGACCGCUGCUACCGCUCGCUGGACGCACUGCAGAGUGGGCAGAUAGGGCGAUCGAAGAGUGUGCUACAGGUGUCGAAAACGAGCGGACAUCAGCAGCAGCAGCAGCACCAACAUCACCACGAUUCGGACAGUAGCAGUGCGAGUAGUCCACGGGCACGCAGCAGUACGAAUCUAGUGGAUGUGCAACAACACAACAAGCCCUACACCAAAGCAGCGGGAGGAGGCCAUAAUGGGCGCCUGGACCAUCAGCAGCAGCACCAUCACCACAACCACAACCACCAACCGUCCUCGCUGACGCUGAUCAACACUGGAUCGUCGGCAGCAGCGAGUCAGCAUGCCGCAACGUCCACCCAUCACGAGGACGAUUGUGUCGUACCGCCAUCACCUGCCAGCUCCUACAGCACCUUUAGAGAUUUUACCUGGCGACGCUCACCGAAACGAACCCAGACUCUGCCAAUUUCCAGCAACGAAGUUGACCCGGAGAAGCUGGCCCAGGAGGCGUUCCGUUUGCUGCGGACGGUGCAGAAUCUGCUCAACACACAGGAGCCGACGCUGGCCCAAUCGACGAACGCACUGGACAGCCUGAUCUCGGCAUCAACGGCGGCAUCCAGCUGCGGCAGCAGCACCACGCUCACCGGUGUCGGUCUGUCCGCUUCCGGCGCGAUGCUCGGCAGCACACCGACACUGACCGGAGCGGGCGGUGGUGGCAACGGUGGCGGCGAUGGCGGUGCCGGCCGAAGCGUAGGAGUAUCGAAUGGACACGGCGGUGGAGGCGGCGGCGGAGGAGGUGGAGGAGCUGGUGGGGGAGCUGGCGGUGGUGGAAGUCAUCCGUUGGUGAACACCCGCAGCACGGUAGGCUUCAGCCGGAAGCUGAACAUGCGCGGUAGUCGACUGUCGGUGCGGAGCAGUACGGCCGACUCGGUACAUUCGACCUCGUCCUCCACCAAGACGGAAACGGACGAGGACAAUACGGAUCGGCCUUCGCCACCGCUCCUGCUGUCACAUCCUCACCAUCAUCACCACCAUCAUCAUUUGCUGCAGCAUCAGAAUGGAAUAAACGGUGGCACUGCAGGUGGUGGCGGUGGAGGAGGAGGUGGAGGUGGUAGCAGUAGUAGCAGCUGCUGCAGCAGCACCUCGGGCAAUGGUAGCAUCAAUGGGAACGGGCACCAUCAUCACAAUCCGGCCCACCGGUACAGUGCGAACAUCGAGCGGAUCAAGGAGAUGAUGAUAUCCAGCUCGGCGGAGGACGAGAGCGGCUUCAGCUCGAUGAACUCGUUCCAGGAGAUCGGUCUACCGCUGGUCAACUCGACGAUGCUGUCCUCGGUCGGUAGCAGCCACGGCGUUAGCAAUGGGUCGCUCGGCGGCGACGGAUCGUCGUCCUCGACCGAGGGAGGAGCAGCUGGCGGUGGCAGCAGCAGCAGUAGCACCGGCAACAACAGUGCGUUCGGCGGCAUGUCGGAAGAUUCGUCCGAGCUGCGGGAGAACACCGUCAUCCCGACGGCGGCCAUGAACGGGGCGACGAACGGGGGCGGCAGUAACAGCAGCGCCAACAGGCUGGGCAUUCCGUCCUCUCCGUCCGCAAAGUCGGCCAGUGGGCAGAGCGGGGGUAGCAGUAAUGCGUCCACUGUCACUGCCUCCGGUGGCGCGUCCAGCGGUGGAUCGCCACUGCGCGUCACGCAAACGGCCAGCUACGAGCACCACACGCACUUCAUCAACCAUCGGCGCUGGGACUCGGCCCCGGUUGUGCCGCCCAAGCUGAAGAUUCACGCCGGCGAAACCGAUACCGUGUCGCGGGUGCUCUGGGUGUAGCAGAGAUAGAAGCGGCCGGCGACCGGUGGUGUGGUCACCGAGCGCCGUCGCCCCGUAGGUUUCCUCGCAUUUCUUUCCCACUGCAUUUGUGCACUGUGAAUACGGAUCUCGUCGCCCUUUCUUCCCCCCAUGUGCCGAGUUGUGGCUAGGAAAAGGGGAUUGGAUGUCUCUUUCAGCUUUUUUUUUGUAGUUUUGUAAUUUUCACCACUCAUUUGCGUCCUCGAAUUGUUUCCUUUCUGUCGUCCAAGCUCUGUAUAGUUUUCAUUUUCUUUUGUAUAUAGUUUACUAAGUGGACACACACUGUACUUUAUGCUUACUUUUAAGCAUACUUCUGUUGAAAGGUGACAUCGAUUGAUUUUUAUAUAGGAUCCUUAUUCGAAAGCGGAAGGAGACAAGAGACAACCAACACACACACAUACUUAACAUACUUGUCGAAUUGUAGAGAUACGUUCGAAGGAGAAUUAUUCGUUGCAUUUAAUUAAAAAAAAACCAUAAUGGAUGGACAGAGCCGUCGUACUACUACUACUACUACUACUACUACUACUACUACUACUACUACUACUACAAUAAUCCCAUAAGCAAACCGUUCGUUUUUACCGCGCAGCACUGUACGACAAUUUUCGAAUCAUUUUUACGUCGCAAAUAGGCAAAAUGCGUAUGCGUGGGGAAUUACAAUUGCCAGGGAAAUUGCCGUUGCUGUUUAGCUACGAAAGUACUUUAUUAUUUUGUAAAUUUCGGAUUAAACAUUUUCGCUGAGCAGGAUAAGAAUUCGAACGCCAACAAUAUACCCAGGAGAAACAGCUUAGUAGUGAGGAUGAAAGCGAACGCCUGAAUGCUCCCAUGUACUUGACACGCCAAGUAUACUGAGUACGCCGAAUUAGAUGGGCAGCUGCAUGUGUGGGAUAUGACAUCGAUGGAUGAACGUUUUUGAUUCAAGAUAACGUAGCUGUUAAGAGCUGUGUAAGGAGAGGAAGUAUGAAUAAAUGUUUCAUGAUAUUGGGCGGA